GUGUUACUUGAUUCCUUAAAGCGUAAAGAAUAUGAUGACGAAUUGAGAAGGGAAGAGCUGCUGAAUUAUUUCCGUAAAUUCCAGAACACUUCCAGCGAGAAUAAAGGGCAUGGUUUGUUUAAGUCCAGCUUUGCUCGCCCAGAAGGUGAUGGAGAGGAUCCAUUGGGAGAGUCCAGACAUAUCGCAUGCAGAAAAUGUGGCUUCUUUCAUUUGUGGGUAUAUACUACAAAAUUAAAAUCUAAAGCAAGAUGGUGUCAGGAAUGCAAAGAUUUUCAUCAGGCUAAAGAUGGGGAUGGAUGGGUUGAGCAGUCAUCACAGCCCCUUUUCUUCGGAAUUCUACAGCAGGUACAAGCUCCCUCUGCGUAUGUGUGUGCUAGUGGCAAAGUAUACAAUGCAACCGAAUGGUACAUUUGUCAGGGAAUGAGGUGUCCUGUCAAUACACACAAGCCUACUUUUCAAGUGAACACUAAUGUUGUCUCUAAAAACGGGAAUGCAAAGGGUUCGUCUAGUUCAGGACAAAGACAAAAUAUGGAGGAGACAAUGACAGAGGAGGAAUUCUUCGAGUGGCUGCAAAACGCAGUUCAAAGUGGGAUGUUUGAGAAUUUUGCAGGCACUUCGUCUGAGAGUUUUAACCCCAAUAGUGGUGGAGGAACUGGAAACAGCAGUGCAAAUAGCAAAAGAAAGAAGAAGGGAAAGAAGCAAUGGUGAUUAAUAAUUAAUAAUACUAUCCAUGUGUUCUUUUUUUUUUUUCUAUCUUAUCCCCUUUUUAGCCUACAAAUCGAAAAAGUACUCGUUAACUGCUACUAAUUGUGUGCUGACAUGAGUUUUAAAUACAUGACUGCUGUGUUGAUUAUAAGAGAUUGUAUAGCAUUCCGUCCCGCAAUUCUUUUUUCGGACGGUUUUGCCCCCACGAAGAUCUACCGAAAUAUGGCCAUCGAGUGGACUCGUGGCAUAUUUUUGUUCCUGAGUUUUACGAGCAGUAAUUUUACGUGGUUGAAAGAUAAUCUUUUGCACCACAAUAAAUACAAUGUGAUACUAUUUCAUUUUAUUUACAUUCUU